AAAAGAGGAAACGGGUUCAGAAACGCAAGGACAACAAGUUGAAAAAGAAACACAAAGUGGAUGCAGAGAAGAUGAUUAUAAGGCGGAGCCAGCGACUAACAACACCAUCAAUGCCGAUAAUAUCGCCAUACCGAGCAACACGUAAUCCAGCAACAACAACACUAAAUCCGAGUAUGAACCCCUUUCUUUCUCCAACAUUAGAAAACGACGAAGAAAUGAAUAUUUGGAGGAAUGCAAACAUACAAACCGGGAAGAUCACUGACAGAGAACCAUUAACGCCACAUUGGUUAAGCAUUGUGGAAAAACCAGAGGCGCAUCUUCAAGAAACGCAUAUUGACGCAGCAAUGUUGGCAAUUUGGUUCAAAAGGGAGCGAGACCCGGUGUACUUCCACAACAAGAGGCUGCCAAAGUCUAUCUUUGUCAACACUGGUUUCCUUAGAGUCUUGAUAGAGUGCUAUCCUAGUUUCAAGAAGGACAACCUCAAGACACAUUAUAAAUUCUCGAAGAGACUGUUGGAUACCAUCAACGGAAAAUCGCCUUCGAUUUCCAGCCUACAGGCGGCAUGGCAUGAAGUGGAUAAUGCAUAUGGAAUUGCAUAUUGCAAAGAAAUCAACCAGCAUAUUGGCAUCGAAGUGAGCUUCAGUGAAAGGAAAAUAACGGUGUUCGAUUGUAGAAGCGACAACUACAAAGCCGAUAUGAUUAAGAGCCAUGUCUUCCCAUAUGCAGAAAUGAUUCCGUAUUUGCUAGCUUGGGGCAAAGGGCCAAAGCCUGUUGAUCUCAGCUCUUUUAAAGUCUCAACCCCGAAAAGAUUUACUCGUCACAUCAAACAUGAUGGCAACUGUGCCAUAUUCUUAUCGAAGAUGAUCGAAUGUCAUGCAAUGGGAGUUGAAGACAUGAUGAACAAGCUUGACGUAGCGUUUAGUGAAGAUACAAGAGCCAGGAUUGCAUAUGAUAUCUACAAGGAGAUUAUUGUGAAGGAUGUUGAUAUGUUUAGGGAAUGAAUAUUUGGUCUUAGUAUAAGAUUAGUAUGUGUUUAGCAAUUUACAUUAAGAUAACUGAAUUGUUUGUUAAGUAUGGUAUGUUUUUAGUA